AUGGCGGCAACGGUAGCCCAGUCGCAGAACCCAGCCUCUCUGUCUUCGGCUGGUCUAGGUUCGCCAACUUCUCGCGCGACCCACGAGAAGCAUCACGACCCCCACCAGGCGCAACACCCAGCAACCCAAGGAGCACAAGCCGAAACCUUUCCGCGCCGGCACAAGCUCAGUCCGAGUCACUUUAAAAUCGUGCGCACCCUAGGAACAGGCACAUUUGCACGGGUUUGCCUGGUUCGGCCGGCCAACACUGCGGACACUCCUCUGGAACAAAGCACCGCAGGUGAUGACCAAGUUUACGCGCUCAAGAUUCUGCGGAAAACAGAAGUCAUCAGGUUGAAGCAGGUCGACCACGUCCGCCACGAGAGAGCCGUGCUGGCCAGCGUUGCCGGCCAUCCCUUCAUCACCAACCUGCAAGCCUCCUUUUCCGACCGCGACCGCCUGUACAUGCUUCUCGACUACGUUCCCGGCGGCGAGCUCUUCAGCUACCUCCGCAAACUCCGGCGAUUUGACGAGCCGACCGCUCGCUUCUACGCUGCCGAGAUUGUCCUCGUGCUGGAAUACCUGCACGAACACAAGGGCGGCGUGGCCUACCGCGACCUCAAGCCAGAGAACCUCCUGCUGGACAAGGACGGACACGUCAAGCUAGUCGACUUUGGGUUCGCCAAGCCUCUGGGCUACAAGGACGACCAUCCCGUCGAGACGUACACGCUGUGCGGCACUCCAGAGUACCUCGCCCCCGAGGUGAUUCACAACAAGGGCCACACCACGGCGGUAGACUGGUGGGCCUUGGGCAUCCUCAUCUACGAGUUUUUGACUGGGUAUCCGCCGUUUUGGCAUCAAAAUCCCAUGGAGAUUUACAAGCAGAUAGUCGAGAAGCCCGUCACGUUUCCCCAAGACCCUCCGUUGUCCGACGCAGCCAAGGACAUCAUCCGCUCCUUGUGCACGGCCGACCGCUCCCGGCGACUCGGCAACAUCAGCGGCGGCGCCGGCCGAGUCAAGGCCCACCCGUUCUUCCGCCCCAUCGACUGGGGCGACGUGAUCAACCGCCGGCGGCCGGGCCCCAUCGUGCCUCCUGUGCGGUAUCCCGGCGACACGCAGUGCUUCGACGUGUACCCCGAGGACAGCGGCCGGCGGGACGAGUACACCCACGAGAUGGCGCUCAAGUACGACCGGUACUUCGAGGAGUUUUGA